AUGUUGAAGCCGUUGUUCGGGAAAGCGGACAAAACACCCGCCGACGUCGUCAAGAAUCUGCGUGACGCCCUGUUGGUUAUUGAUCGGCAAUCCUCCAACCAAAACGAGCGUAAAGUGGAGAAGGCAAUCGAAGAGACCGCAAAAAUGUUGGCAUUGGCGAAGACGUUCAUCUACGGAUCGGAUGCCAACGAGCCGAAUAAUGAACAAGUGACACAACUGGCUCAGGAAGUUUAUAAUGCUAACAUUCUUCCAAUGUUGAUUAAACAUUUGCAUAAAUUCGAAUUCGAGUGCAAGAAGGAUGUGGCAUCGGUGUUCAACAACUUGCUGCGCCGUCAAAUUGGUACCCGAUCACCGACUGUUGAGUAUUUGGCCGCACGGCCAGAGAUUCUUAUCACUCUUCUUUUGGGAUACGAACAACCGGACAUUGCUCUGACAUGUGGCUCAAUGUUGCGUGAAGCUGUUCGUCACGAGCAUCUCGCUCGAAUCGUUCUCUAUUCUGAAUAUUUCCAACGUUUCUUUGUCUUCGUUCAAUCCGACGUCUUCGAUAUCGCCACUGACGCGUUCUCGACUUUCAAGGAUUUAAUGACGAAGCAUAAGAAUAUGUGUGCCGAAUAUUUGGAUAAUAAUUACGAUCGAUUUUUUACCGCCUACGCCGCACUGACCAACUCGGAGAACUAUGUGACACGACGGCAAUCGUUGAAAUUGCUCGGCGAGCUCCUACUGGAUCGUCACAACUUCAGCACGAUGAACAAAUAUAUUACGAGUCCCGAGAAUUUGAAGACAGUCAUGGAGUUGUUGAGAGAUAAGAGACGUAAUAUUCAGUAUGAGGCGUUUCAUGUCUUCAAGAUUUUCGUCGCAAAUCCCAACAAACCACGCCCGAUCACUGAUAUUCUCAAUAGAAAUCGUGACAAAUUGGUGGAAUUCUUGACGGCAUUCCACAAUGAUCGAACCAACGACGAGCAGUUCAAUGAUGAGAAAGCCUAUCUCAUCAAGCAGAUACAGGAGCUUCGUGUCUAA